AUGGCGGAGAUUAAAAUCGAUGGUUACCUACAAGUAAAAGAAGAUGGUUUGAGGGCUUGGAUAUGGUCCAAGCGUUAUGUUGUUCUGCGUGAACAAACCAUUACUUUUCAUCGAAAUGAACAAACCGGACAGUGCGUAGCGCUUGUCUUUUUAAAACAUAUUACUACCGUGACUCGUUCAGAGUUAAAAACGCAUUGCUUCGAAUUAGGCACGAAGCAAAAAUCCUAUUACAUUGCUUGUCGUAAUGAUGAAGAACUUUAUUCAUGGAUGGGCGAAAUAUACGAUAGGUCUCCUUUAGGUGCUUCAGGUCCGACUAACUUUGUUCAUAAAGUGCAUGUAGGCUUUGACCCUAUUACUGGAGCAUUUACGGGGCUACCGGAUCAAUGGAAUGCAUUAUUAAAAGGCUCAAAAAUCACACCUGAGGAUGCAGCCAAGAACCCACAAGCUGUAUUGGAGGCACUGGAAUUUUAUACAGAGCAAACAAGGAGAGAGAAAACCAACUAUGAUAAUAAAACAGAUGAAAAGAAAAUGAAGCCAAGUCGGUCUACACCUUCACCUAGACACAUCCGAGAGCCUCCUCCAAGGCCGCCUGUGGUGACAGAAGUGCCUUUACCUCCUGUAGAUUUAAAUUUGGUAAAGGGGAUGGAUAAAGAUGUGCAACUAAUGAUGGAGAAACUUAAAAUACAACAGCCUAAACAAACAGAACCUAAUAUACCUACGCCUUGUAUUGUCAGUGGCUCACUUCCUAGAAAAAUUACGGCCGCUAAUAACAAAAGGUUACCUGAUCGGAUCGAACGUAGCACACGAUUUGAAAGGGAAAAAGAAAGGCUCAAGGAGGCUGCAGCUGCAUUAGAUCGUGAUUCAAAGAAAGACACCAUACCCAAUCCUCAACCACAAGUAUCUACUCCUGUACCUUCAUCCAUAAUUCAUGAAAAGAAGUCAAAAAAAGAUCAAAGAAUAAGCACAAUGUCUGAAUCUCAAAUCAUGGAAAGAUUAAGAGCCGUGGUCACAAGUGGUGAUCCUAAUCUGUUAUACAAGAGAACAAAACGUAUUGGUCAAGGUGCGUCCGGUUCUGUUUAUUUAGCAACUCACAUUGCCACCAAUGCCAAAGUGGCCGUCAAGCAAAUGGACCUGGCCAAACAAUCUCGACUCGAUUUGAUCGUGAAUGAAAUCAUGAUCAUGAAGGAAUCUCACCACGACAAUAUUGUCAAUUUCUUGGACUCGUUUCUUGUGCGCGGUGAUUUGUGGGUCGUCAUGGAAUACAUGGAGGGAGGUGCUUUAACCGAUGUCAUUGAGAAUAACAAUUCCAUGACCGAACAGCAAAUCGCUACUGUUUGUUUCGAAACUGCAAAAGGAUUGGACCAUUUGCACUCACAAAAUAUCAUUCACCGUGAUAUCAAGUCAGACAACGUUUUGUUGAAUUUCCAUGGCCAAGUCAAAAUCAGUGAUUUUGGUUAUUGCGCUAAAUUAACAGACCAGCGAAAUAAGAGAGCGACCAUGGUGGGAACACCUUACUGGAUGGCACCUGAAAUUGUAAAACAAAAGGAAUAUGGCGCGAAAGUAGAUAUUUGGUCAUUGGGUAUCAUGGCGAUUGAGAUGAUUGAGAAUGAGCCACCUUAUUUAGACGAGGAGCCGUUAAAGGCGCUUUAUUUGAUUGCAACCAAUGGCACGCCUUCACUGAAAAAUCCAGAUAAGCUCUCCAGAGAACUCAAGAGCUAUCUUGCUGUAUGUCUCUGUGUAGAUGUCAAGUCUCGCGCAACUGCUUCUGAGUUAUUAGGCCACGAGUUUCUUAAUAAAGCAGGACCAGUAGAUAUCUUUUUGCCAUCUCUAUUAAAGUUUAAGAAGAAAUAA